AUGUCGCAUACGUCACAUUCGUACCAUCAACUUACAAGCACCACUAGGCAACAAAGCGUCCGCUCACAAGGCCACGCAGACCUCACAAACCUCCUCCGCCUCCGUGCCAGAGAGAUCAGACCCGGUGGUCAUCUUCUCAUAGUCAUUCCGACAACCCCAAGCUCGACCGUAAAGCUCCAUUGGGAAGCCACGGCGCAAGUGCUCAAAAGAUGCCUCGAAGACGGCACCAUGACACCAGCACAGUAUCGCGCUUUCAGUGGGCCGUGGUUUCAACCUACCGAAGAAGACUUGCGACAGAUUCUUUCCUCUGUGCGGGAUUUGUGGCAUCUGCCUAUGCCGUGGGCGUAUCCCACGCUUCCGCAUCCCGUGUGGACGAAGCUACAAGGCUCUAUGAAGACUUGGCAGGACUACGAAGAGUAUGCGGAGGGUUUCGCGGGAUUCUUUAUGGCGUUGAUUCGCGAUCCGUUGGUGAGGGCGUUGAGGGGCGGCGAGGGUGCGGAGCUGCAAUCUCUUUCGGCUACUGAGGACAUGGUUCUACGACAAUUCACGAUGAGGUUCAAAGAGGCUGUUCUCAGCGACUCGUUGAGGGACAAACGUGCUGAAAGUAGUUGGUUGGUUGCUCGGCUUGUAAGGAAACCGGUGGCGAAACUGCUGGAGCCCAAGGCCAAUCUUUAA